AUGGUGUAUGCCGAAGACGUACUCCUCAUCCUGCGCUCUCUAGAUGAUGUCGCCCUGCUGCACGAGUGCCAGGAGGCAGAUCACGACCUGUGCCGGCUGGAAGACCUACCAGAGGUGGCCUUCGCAAAUGUCAAGAGAAAGCUGCUCUCCUCCUACAUGGUCUGGUUUCACCAACAGGACACCCUGGAGGAAAGCCCUGCCCUGCAUCUCACCGGAGAGGCCUCUCUGGAGAGAGAGAGAGCGAAGAAGGACGUGCCACCGCUGGAGAAGCCGGAGGCGGUGAAGACACAUCUGCGUGACAUGGUCAUCAUCUCUGAGAUGGUGGGCAGCAUGGUGGGCGUGUACAACGACAAGACCUUCAACCAGGUCGAAGUCAAGCCCGAGAUGAUUGGCCACUACCUGGGCGAGUUCUACAUGACCUACAAGCCCGUGAAGCACGGUCGGCCCGGUAUUGGAAGUAAAAUCUCUGUGCACAUGCCUUGAUUUUGUUCAGAAUCAAUACAAAAUAAAUAAAAAUACAAGUUAAA